GUAUACGUCAGUGAUCUAGAAUCUUCAGGAAACAUUUCGUAUUUUUAAAAAACAAAAUGUCAGCCUACAUAACAACUUGAACAAGGGCGAUUUUGUGAUUUCUAUUUUACUAUAAAAUCUAUAAAAAUGUCACGUUUUAACUGGGCACCAACUGCCUACAAAUUACUUAAUGGUGUGUUGUGCAUCUACAAGCCCGAUCAAACUCCUGUUCAUAUGGUUGUGGAGUCUCUAAAAAGUCGUCUCUGUAAAGAUCUGAAUGCUCUUCCAUGUUAUCAACAUGAAAUACUGAUGCCUUCUAAAGUAAAAGAGAACUUGCAAGAGAAAUCUUUAUCACUAAAAGUAGAUCCAAGCGGAAUUGAAGAUUGGUCCGAACACAGGUUGGUUUUAGGUGAUCGCUAUGAGGAAAGUGAUAUUAAAAUACAUUUUGUUGAUGGUAUUUCAAAGCACUCUAGUGGUGUAUUAGUUUUGGGGCUUGGCAUGUUUGGCCGUGAAAGUGUGGAAAUGAUUGCAAUGUCAAAAUAUCUAAGAGUCUACCAUGUGAAAGGAAGAUUUGGUUGGGCCACACAUAACUUUUCUCCAAAAGGGCGGAUACUUCAGCGAACGAGUUUCAAGCAUGUGACUACAGCCAAGCUAGAGAAAGUUUGUGCAGCUGCGCAAGCUGCACACACUAGAGAAAUGUACAGAUUAAGUGGAGUGAAUCCAGACAGCCAGGAAGCAUAUGAAAUGGCUUCUUCUGGCAUUAUUAGACCUGCUGAAAGAAAAACUUCCCCUGUUUUGUAUAGUAUUAAAUGUAUAGACUUCCAGCCUCCAGAUUUCACAUUAGAAAUUCACAGCAUCAAUGAAUCCUGCCUGUUUCUAAGACAAUUUAUUCAUCAACUUGCCAUAAAAUUAAAGACAACAGCAGUUUGCACUGCCAUCAGGCGGAUAAGGUAUGGGACUUUUGAUCUACAAAGAGCUCUUGUACGUCAGCAGUGGCACCUGGACAACAUCAUAGACAACAUAGAAAGCAACAAUGAACUGCUUACACCAGAACGCCUCUUGAUUGGUCAUCUUGCUGAGCGUGUUCAACUUCCUCCACCAUCACAUCAGUAUAUUGGGCAUUCAAAAGGCGAUCAACAUCUAAUUGGUGAGGAGGUAACAGAUGAUUUUGCAAAAAGCAAUGAAAAGGAAUUAAUUGUAGAUAGUAAAACUUGUUUGUCCAAAAGAAUGCCUUCACAAAACAGAGACCCCAGUGACACAAAAUUGUCAAAACCACCAGCCUAUUCUUGGUGGUGGUGCUUAUUUGCCUGGAUCCCAGGUGUUCUUCAGCUGAUGGAAGGCUGCUUGAGCUUUACCAAUGCAGGUUUUGACAUCUGCAUCUGUUCCUCCAUAGUUGUUCAGGAUAAAGCCAAGAUGGGUGAAACUUUCCACCUCUUCCAGCACCUCGCCUUGAACUAUAAUGGAUUUAUUGCUGGAUGCCUUUAUCACAUUGCUCUUCCAUCUGUUUAUGGUAAUUACUACUGA